AUGCGUUCCACUUACCUUUUCUUGUCUGUGGCGGCUCCAUUGGCUUCGGCCAUUGUCAUCCCCGAUGAGAGUAUCCUUGCAGAGAUAGUCUCUGAGACUCUCACAGCUGCAAAUGAUCAUUUGUCUAAAGCAGAUGGUGAGAUGAGCCUGCUGGGCAUGUCUCCGGAUGAACAUAGAGGCUGGGGAAAAGAUGGGGACUGGCGUGAUGAUGAUGGAUAUCCUAGACACGGCGAUUGGCCCGGAUACGACGAAGAUCCACACGGGAGAUGGCCCGGUGGUGAUCGCCCCAGAUAUGGGGGAUGGCCUGGACACCGAGACGACGACGAAGACAGACGCUACCCUCCACACCCCAGACACGGAGAAUGCAGAUACGACCGCAACGGCAGACCAUGCGACAGACACCGACACCACCAACCAAUCGAUGCCUGUCCAGGCCCGCUCUGCCACUCAGACAAAACAACCUGGGAGCUCAUCAAAACAAACGAGCAUACAUCCCAACUCGCCGAGCUCAUCGCCGGCAAUAAAGACUUGAUCGAGAUCCUUAACAGCACGACAGCAAACCACACCUUCUUCGCGCUGACGAACGAAGCCCUAGAGGGACUUCCACGAGGACGAAAUAGCCCCAGUCCCAAGUUCAUAUCCAGCUUGCUGCGGUAUCAUAUUCUGCCUGGUCGAUUGUCCAUCGAGCAUAUCGCGGGCCACGGGACGCUACCGACGAAGCUCACAGAGCCAGCUUUGGAAUCGAAACUACCGCAGAGGAUUGUUGUUCGGGAGCACGGUGACGGAGUGACGUUGAACCGGAGGAGUAGGGUUGUUGGAGCUGAUAUGAAAACCAAAAACGGCAUAAUCCACCUAAUAACCAGUCCCCUGCACCCACCCCCAGAGACACGCACAGUGCUGCAUCAAGCACCGGCCGACCUCAGCACCUUCACGCUGGCGCUAGCACGCACGAAACUCGCUUCCAAUCUUGACCCGGCGCAGCGAAAGGGCGGAACAACCUUCGCGCCCACGAACGCUGCGUUUAGACGGCUCGGGGAGCGUGCUAAUCGGUUUCUUUUCUCGCGGCAGGGUGAGGGGUGUUUGCGUGCGCUGAUGCAGUAUCAUCUUGUGCCGAAUCGGACGCUGUACUCGGAUGUCUUGUAUAGUAGUAAUGGGAAGGCUCAUCUCUUGUUUUCUGGGCAUGAUAGUGGGAAUGGACACGAGGGCAAGGGUAAGGGUGGGUGUUUUGGUGGGCUAGAGGAAGAGUAUGCGAAUGUGCGGCUUUGGACUCUGUUGAAGAAGAGGGAGUUGGGGAUUGAUGUUAAGAAGGGGUUUGGUGAGGUUGAUAUGCAGGUUAAUGGGUUUGGUAGGGUUGGACCAUUGGAUUUGUUGGCGAGGGAUGGGGUGGUGCAUGUUUUGGAUCGACUGUUGGUUCCGCCGAGGAAGAUUCAGGAUAAAGAUGUAGAUGAAGAUAGGGAAGAAAUGAUGAUUGAGGAACUUGUGGAGAGGUUGGAUGGUUGUGCCUAUGGAGUGAGUCGCGGUGAACUAUGA